AUGUCUGGCUCAAAUCAACCUGCAGAAAAACCGUCAAUUCCAAGACCGUACAAGUGUCCAAUGUGUCCCAAAUCAUUUUACCGUCUUGAGCACCAAACUCGCCACAUUCGGACUCAUACUGGCGAGAAACCACAUCAAUGCACUCACGCUGGAUGUGAAAAACGCUUCUCACGAUCUGAUGAACUCACCCGUCAUGCCCGCACUCAUGCAGCAGCCAACAAACGCAAA